AUGGCCACAUCUAGGCUCCCCAGGGACCGCUGGACCCUCUGGUGUUGCCGCUCAAGGCUUCUACGGCCCAACAGUAGCCGCAGCCAGAGAGGGAGACAGCUGAGCCCCUCAACCUCUCAGUGGCUCCUCAAGUCAAAUCAGAAGUUACAAGGUUUAAGGGAAGAAUUGAAUGUGAUUGUCCCAUACUUGGAGGAGAUGAGAAAGAAGAAAGUUGAAAGAUGGGACCAAUUUGUUGAUGUCAUAGAGCAAAUUAAGAAGGUUGCAUCUAAAAUCAGGCCUGCAGAUUUUGUACCCUUUAGAAUUCCUGUGGAUCAGUCUGAUCUGUCUUUAAGAAAGCUGGAGGAGCUAACGAAAGAGCUGCAAUCCCUUCAGAAGGAGAAGAGUGAUCGGCUGAAGCAAGUCAUGGAACAUCUUAACACUUUGCAUUCGUUAUGUGAGGUGCUUGGUGUAGACUUCAAACAAACAGUAAAUGAGGUGCACCCUAGCCUGGGUGAGGCUGAUGGAUCAAAGAACCUAAGCAAAUGUACAAUUGAAAGCCUUGCAUCAGCUGCAAGCAGACUGCGUGAAUUGAAAGUCAAGAGGAUGCAAAAGUGCAUUCACUAG